CAUAUAGGGAAGUAGUCAUACGCGAGUAGUAAACAACUGUGUGCAUUAUCAGAACUUCAUUUCGCCAUCAUUUUGUCCCUGAUUUAUUUUUUUAAAAUGGAGGAGAACAACGCUCAAAAAUCACUUUUGUUCAUGUUAACCUAUUUGCUCAUGAAGCGUCGGAGGGAUCUGAAUAGCUUGGACGUCGAGAGACGAAAUGAAAUCCAGAGGCGACAAAGGCACAGGCAAUACUUUUUGCAGAGACAGAAGAGAAUCCUAAUGAUGUCUCUCAUCCAAAGCGCCCAGGGUUCUUCCAGUCCAAUCCCUUCACGUGUCUGGAGCAACACAGAGAACACUGACUGGUGGGAACGGGUGGUCAUGCGUGAGUUUCAACCCGCUGAUUGGUUGGAGAAGUUUCGUAUGAGCAAGGAAACAUUUUUCUUUCUUUGUGGUAAGCUGAAACCACGCCUGUACCGCCAGGACACCCGUCUGCGGCCCGCGUUACCUUUGGAGAAACGCGUGGCCGUGGCGCUUUGGCGUUUGGCCACCAAUGUGGAGUACCGCACCAUCAGCGAGCUGUUUGGGGUGGGCCGCUCUACAGUUUGCAAGUGUGUGAGGGAAGUCUGUUAUGCCAUUGUGGUGCUGCUUAAGCCUCUCUACCUCUGCCCGCCCAGUGAACAGGAGCUCGAAGAUGCUGCUAAGCUGUUUCAGUCACGUUGGGGCUUCCCACACUGCGUGGGCGUCCUGGGCAGUCUUCACGUGCCCAUCAUAGCCCCAUCCAGCAACACGGACAGCUACUGGAACUCCCAGGGGUGGCUGUCUGUGGCCAUGCAGGCGGCUGUCAAUGGCUUGGGGCACUUUUGGGACGUCUGUGCUGGUUUUCCUGGGGGCACGGAGCACGCGGCCAUCCUGCAGAACUCCACGCUGUGGGCACAGGCCUGCGAAGGCGGCCUCACGCCAACACCCCCCAAGAAUUUCAUGGGCCGGCCAAUGGGGUACCUGAUGCUGGGCGACGCUGGGUAUCCCUUGCGGAACUGGCUCCUGAAGGCUUACCCAGAGACACCGGAGAUAUCUGCCAGUCAGCAGACAUUCAAUCGUAGACUGAUGCGGGCCCACAGUGUCCUUGACGUGGCGCUCUUGCGUUUGAGGGCCCGUUGGCAGUGUCUUCACAAGCGCAACGACUGUGGGCUGGAUGUGGUACCCACCAUGAUAUUGGCCUGCUGUAUUCUGCACAACAUGUGUGAAGUGCAUGGGGAUACUUUUGUGGAGGAGUGGGUAGAUGUAGUAAAACAAGGGGAGUGUUCUCAACCCACAGAAACCUUCUCCCUCUCGGAGGAGGAGGAGGAAGAGGAGGAGGAGGGAGAUGAGGUGCGGGCGCUGUACUGUGAGUACUUUCAGAAGAAGGAGCAGGAGCAUUCCCAGUCAAACUAAAGAUUUCAUUCACAACCAUAAGUUACCUUUUGCCAAAGCUCACCAAGUAUACCAGUCCACUCCAGUGUGGAACUGUCAUCGGAUGACACCUGUGCAACAUAUAGUCUUGAUAUUUCCUCGCUUUGGAACAACAGCAGCUUGUCACAAAGUGGUAGGCCACGUAAACUGACAGAGAGGGGUCAGCAGAUGCUGAGGUACAUGGUGUAAAGAGGUGGUCGACUUUCUGCAAAGUCAAUCGUCAUAGGGCUCAGAUUAGUCCAAGUACAGGACACAGAGAGCUUCAUUGAAUGGGUUUCCAUGGCCGAGAUGCUGCAUUCAAGUCAUACAUCUCUAAAUCACCUCUUUUCCACUGCCGGUUUUUCGGUAGGCCGAUACAGCGCGACACAGCGCGACUCAGCCGUGCAAAGCGCCAGAUGCAGUGGUGUGUAAAGCAUGUUGUCACAGGACUCUGGAGCUGCGGAGAUGCCUUUUCUGGAGUGAUGAAUUGCGCCUUUCCAUCUAGAAAUGAUGGACAAGUCUGAGUUUGGGGGUUGCCAGGAAAACAUUGCAUUCCAGACUGCAUUGUGCCAAGUGUGAAAUUUGGUAGAGGACGAGUCACUUAUGGUAUGGUGUGGGGUUGGUUUUCGGCCCCUUUGUUUCAGUGAAAGGUACU